AUGCAUGGCUUGGGCCUUCCCAUUUCGAUCCUGUUAUCACCUGAGGCAGACAUUGUUCCGAGGGAUCAGCAGCCGCUCAUCUUGCCCCAGCAAGUUCAAAAUCCAGCUGUUGCAACCCCACAGUCAGACCUGACCGAAGUCAGCGAGCCCUUGCACCGCGAGCAUUCUGCUGUUCAGGACAUAGUCGCCCAAAACGAGCGAAAAACUCCCCCAACCGAUGGCAACCAGCAGGCCAAACCAGUCCACAGCAACACUAUCAACCAACCCGUCACAAGUGGCGCUGGGUCUUCUGGGGCCGGGGCUCGAGCUGGUCAGAACCCCAUGAAGGAAGCUGCAUUCCGAGGGGCGGAAGCUGCAGCCAUGCUGGUAACCACCGAGGCCUUGCCGCAAAAUACCGCAUUCGGGAAACAGCUUACCCCCGUGGCAAUGGGCAGGGAGUUAGCAAAAGCGCGAUGCAGAUUCCUGGCGAGGCUGAUUGCUGAGAGAAUCCUUCGAGAACCCGAGUUCAACGAGCCUUAUCGUGCUUUCCAACGGGGAAGUAUCAAAACCCUACAUUAUCUUCUUUGUACCGAAGCAUGGCGCACCGGACGCGUUUUGGCCCUGCGGUUUGUGGGGGGACCGUUGGGUAACCGAGAUGCUGCCACCAUCUCACAGAUGGAACAUUUGAUGCACGAGAUUCACUGGAGGGUUGCGAGGACCUUUUCUCGUACACAAGGGGCUUGA